AUGCAUUGUGAUUCCUGUCCCUUGGACUGUAAAGUUUAUGUAGGUAAUCUUGGAGACAAUGGUAACAAGACUGAAUUGGAACGAGCUUUUGGCUAUUAUGGAUCGCUCCUAAGUGUGUGGGUUGCUAGAAACUCUCCCGGCUUUGCUUUUGUUGAAUUUGAAGAUCCCCGAGAUGCAGCUGAUGCUGUCCGAGAGCUAGAUGGGAGAACACUGUGUGGCUGCCGAGUAGGAGUGGAACAAUCUAAUGGUGAGAAGAGAAGUCGUAAUCGUGGACCACCUCCUUCCUGGGGUUGUGGACCACCUCCUUCUUGGGGUCGUCGCCCUGGAGAUGAUUAUAGGAGGAGGAGUCCUCCACCUCGACGCAGAUCUCCAAGACGGAGAAGCUUCUCCCACAGCCGGAGCAGGUCCCUUUCUAGAGACAGGAGAAGAGAGAGAUCACUGUCCCGGGAGAGAAAUCACAAGCCAUCCCGAUCUUUCUCUAGGUCUUGUAGCCGAUUUAGGUCAAAUGAAAGAAAGGAAAUAGACCAGUUUGCAAGAGGAGUGGCGUACAGGAAAUAA